GUUAACUUGAUAACUUUAUUUACUUUGUUCUAUAAACCGGAACCCAACCUAGUUCAAACCUCCGACGUCCGAGACCGCAAAACAUUUCAACAGUUAGGAAAUGAUGGGAACGAGGUUGAUACUCCACUCUAGAACCGUCUCUUCCUAUGAGUCGUGGCGGCCAAAAUACGUACCCCGAAUGCCGAACUGGAGAACAUCCCGGGUCCUCUAGUACCCGGUCCUGGUUCAAGCAGCCCACAUCUCGAUAGACAUAAUACUAUAAUGUAGUCGCCAACACCAAAGGUAUUCCCUAGUUCGGAAUAUGGGCCGGGCCCGGCGGAAAUGUAGGGCUAUUUUAGGGGUAAUGGAUGCGCGUCCCGUUUGCUUGAUUCUAAACUCGGGCUUCGGUCCAACAUCCUUACGUGGCCAGCUGUGGGGUGCUUCCUGUACCCUUUCUUAUAUACCCAUCACUCCUAUUGCAAACUCUCUCUGCUCUGUUAUUACAAUCCACUACAAUUCCUGGCCAAGCCAAGUUAGAUACAACUAGGCGUGAUGGCCUUUAUGGAUAGCAAUCUCUUCGGGAGCAACGAUCACACUGCCAGAACACCCGAUGUUAUCAAUCCUCACCACAAUGCAGUAGGUGACAACAAUUCACACCCGGCUAUUGUACCCUUAGGCGCCGACGCUACACCUACACCUUACGACAAUAGCUUUAUCAAAUCUAGUGCUAUUUCAGUCGCUGAGUUUGGUGGUAGUGACACUGAUACUGUCACUCAAGACAAGGAGAUGGCAACGGACGCUGAUGCUGCCCGAAUGGAUGGCGGCAACGAUUUAAAGCAAGAGCGGAAGCAAGAUGAAGAAAUACAGGCCCUCGCACGUACAUAUACCACACAGUCCCGAGUUUCUGGCGCCGAGCCUUUCGGCAGAGCGCUCACGGCUCACACGAAUCCCGACUCGCCGCUGAACCCUAAUAGUCCAAACUUCAACGCUCGCGCUUGGGCAAAAUCCAUUGUCGAACAGGUAGCCGCCGAAGGAACCGGAUUUCGAUCCAGUGGCGUCUGUUUUCAGAACCUAAAUGUGUACGGAUUUGGCGCUGGAACCGACUACCAGAAGGACGUUGCCAAUGUUUGGUUAGAAGCUGCUGGUGCGGUGCGUCGGGCCUUUGGCUACGGCAGAAAGCGCCGCAUCGACAUCUUGCGCGACUUUGACGGCGUUGUCCAUAAUGGCGAAAUGCUUAUUGUUCUGGGCCCUCCGGGAUCUGGUUGCAGCACUUUACUCAAGACGAUUGCGGGCGAGACGAACGGUCUAUAUGUGGAUGAUGAUGCCUAUUUCAACUACCAGGGUUUGACCGCCACGGAGAUCCACACUGCGCAUCGUGGUGAGGCCAUCUACACUGCUGAAGUGGAUGUACACUUUCCCAUGCUUACUGUGGGUGAAACGCUUACCUUCGCAUCUCGUGCCCGAGCCCCACGGAGUCUGCCACAGAAUGUAUCUCACGCUAUGUUCUCGGACCACUUGAGGGAUGUUGUAAUGGCAAUGUUUGGUAUCAGCCACACGCGGAAUACCAGAGUAGGAAAUGAGUACGUUCGUGGUGUCUCUGGUGGCGAAAGAAAACGUGUCACCAUUUCCGAGGCUGCCCUUUCUGGUGCACCUUUUCAAUGUUGGGAUAACUCUACUCGAGGUUUGGAUAGUGCUAAUGCUAUUGAAUUCUGCAAGACGCUGAAGCUUCAGGCGGAUCUUUUCCAGACCACCUGCGUCGUCUCAAUCUACCAAGCUCCUCAGAGUGCAUACGACCUCUUCGACAAAGCUCUUGUUCUUUACGAGGGUCGCCAAAUCUUUUUCGGCCGUGCCGAUUCUGCCAGGCAGUAUUUCAUCGAUUUGGGGUUCGAGUGUCUUGCCCGCCAGACAACCCCGGACUUCUUGACAUCCAUGACCAGCCCUCUGGAACGCAGCGUCAGAGCUGGUUUCGAGAACAGGGUGCCUCGAACCCCAGAUGAGUUUGCAACGGCGUGGAAGAACAGCGCCGCGCACAACGCUGUACAGGCAGAAAUUGAGGAGUACAAGAUCGCUCAUUCCAUCAAUGGCCCUGACGCCGAAGCCUUCCGCGCUCACAAACGAGCUCAGCAGGCGAAGUCUCAACGUGCCAAGUCUCCAUUCACAUUGUCCUAUUUUGGGCAGGUGCGGCUGUGCCUUUGGCGUGCAUAUCGACGACUUAUCGGUGACCCGUCCAUUACAGUCGGUCAGCUCAUUGCUAAUAUUAUCAUGGGCUUAAUCAUAACCUCAAUCUUCUUUAACUUGCAACUUACUACGGGCAGUUUCUUCCAACGUUCUGCUUUAAUCUUCUUCGCUAUUCUUAUGAAUGCCUUUAGCUCGGCUCUAGAAAUCCUGACUCUCUACGCACAACGACCUAUUGUCGAGAAGCAUGCUCGAUACGCCUUUUAUCAUCCCUCUGCGGAGGCAUUCGCGUCGAUGUUGAUAGACAUGCCGUAUAAGACUGUCAACAGCAUUGUCUUCAAUCUUGUACUCUACUUCAUGUCCAACCUACGACGCGAACCCGGGGCGUUCUUCUUCUUUCUGUUCGUUUCUUACCUGACUGUUCUUACGAUGUCCGGAAUUUUCCGGACUAUCGCUGCAUCGUCUCGAACACUAUCGCAAGCCAUGGUACCGGCGGCUGUAUUGAUUCUGGGCCUGGUCAUGUUCGCUGGAUUCGCCAUUCCUAUCGACUACAUGUUAGGUUGGAGCAGAUGGAUGAACUACAUUGACCCUGUGGCAUAUGGCUUCGAGGCUCUUAUGAUUAAUGAGUUCCAUGGCGUUGAUUAUUUGUGCACGUCAUACGUCCCGAGCGCUUUGGUUGCUGGGUAUGAAAACGUCACCCAGGCCAAUCGAGUAUGUUCAGCUGUAGGUUCUGUUGCGGGAAGCGACUAUGUGUCGGGAACAUCCUUUAUUGGCUCCAGCUUCCAGUACCAAAGAGGUCAUAAAUGGCGGAACGUUGGAAUUCUUAUUGGGUUUCUUAUCUUCUUCAACGGCUUGUAUGUGCUUAUGACCGAGAUAGUCACUGCUAAGAAAUCCAAGGGUGAGGUGCUCGUCUUCCGCAGAGGGCACAAACCCAGCCAGUUUAAGGAUGGCAAAGGUGACUCCGAAUCGGGAACGCCGACUUCAUCUGGAACCUCGGUAAUUGCUACGAAGAUCGGCCGCCCUGCCAAUACAUCAGACAAGGAGUCCACAUUGAUUCAGAAGCAGACAAAUGUUUUCCAUUGGAGCAAUGUAUGCUACGAUGUGAAGAUCAAGAGCGAGACUCGCCGUAUCCUCGACCACGUUGAUGGCUGGGUCAAACCCGGAACCCUUACGGCACUAAUGGGUGUCUCUGGCGCUGGGAAAACGACUUUGCUUGACUGCUUGGCUGAUCGGACCUCGAUGGGAGUUAUUACUGGCGAGAUGCUUGUUAAUGGCAAUUUUCGUGACGCUUCAUUCCAGAGAAAUACGGGAUACGUUCAGCAACAAGAUCUGCAUCUCGAAACCACUACCGUCAGAGAGGCAUUGAACUUCAGUGCGCUCUUGCGCCAACCGGCCCAUGUCCCACGAAAAGAGAAACUCGCUUAUGUCGACGAAGUUAUUAAGCUCCUGGAUAUGGAUGAAUAUGCCGACGCCGUCGUUGGUAUUCUCGGUGAAGGUCUUAAUGUCGAACAGCGAAAGCGUUUAACGAUUGGCGUCGAACUCGCGGCUAAACCACCUUUGUUGCUCUUUGUCGAUGAACCCACAUCUGGUCUUGACAGCCAGACAUCAUGGGCUAUCCUCGACCUCCUAGAGAAGCUUACAAAGUCCGGACAGGCUAUCUUAUGUACAAUCCAUCAACCAUCGGCUAUGCUGUUUCAGCGAUUUGAUCGCUUGCUCUUCUUAGCCAAAGGCGGAAGGACGGUUUACUUUGGAGAUAUUGGAAAGAACUCGAAGACUAUGACAGACUACUUUGAACACAAUGGCGCUCCGUUGUGCCCACCAGAUGCAAACCCCGCAGAGUGGAUGCUAGAAUCUGUUAUUACUGCCACUGAUGUAGAUUGGCAUAAGGCCUGGCGAGAGAGCCCCGAAUUUGACGCCGUCCAAGCCGAACUCAGCCAACUCAAAAGCCACGCCAGAGAUAUCCCAACGCCAGGCGAUGAACAUGAAAACGCUGGUUUUCAAGAAUUCGCAGCUCCAUUUUCGGUUCAGCUAUACGAAGUUACACACCGUGUCUUCCAGCAGUACUGGCGGACACCUUCCUAUGUCUACUCUAAGGCUGCUCUGUGCACUCUCAUCGCUCUGUUUAUUGGCUUCGCAUUCUUCAAUGCUCCGAAUUCUAUACAGGGCCUACAGAAUCAGACUUUUUCUGUAUUCAACCUGUUGACUAUCUUCGGCCAGCUCGUCCAGCAAACGAUGCCAUACUUUGUUGUACAGCGCUCUCUCUACGAGGUUCGUGAGCGUCCAUCCAAGGUAUAUUCUUGGAAGGCCUUCAUGCUUUCUCAAAUCAUCGUUGAGAUCCCUUGGAAUACCCUAAUGUCGCUGAUCAUGUUCCUAUGCUUCUACUACCCGAUCGGCCUAUACAAAAAUGCCGAGGUAGCAGGUCAAACUCACGAACGCGGUAUUCUCAUGUUCCUCCUACUAUGGGCCUUUCUGAUGUUUACCUGCACAUUUACCGACAUGAUCAUCGCCGGGUUCGAAACUGCUGAGGGCGGAGGCAAUGUCGCUAACCUACUCUUUAUGCUCUGUUUGGUAUUCUGUGGCAUCCUCGCCAACCCCGACUCAUUCCCGCGUUUCUGGAUCUUCAUGUACCGUGUCUCACCAUUUACCUACUUAACUUCAGCCAUGAUUUCAGUCGCUGUCGCAAAUACGAAAGUGGUUUGUGCUAGCAAUGAGUUUCUCCACUUCGUUCCAGUCGCUGGCAAGACCUGCGGGGAGUAUAUGAAGGGAUACAUCAAGGAAAUGGGUGGGUAUCUUACAGACCCUAGCGCUACUGAUACUUGCUCGUUCUGUGCGAUAGAGGACACCAACAAAUACCUUGCCGGCUCUCAUAUCUACUACUCCCAGCGCUGGAGGAACUUCGGUAUCGUCCUCUCGUACAUUGUUUUCAACAUUGCUGGUGCGCUGUUCAUCUACUGGCUUGCCAGAGUACCCAAGACGAAGCUUGGUGGCAAAAAGAAGACGGAGUGAACUUCUCAGCGAGAAUGAGGGAAGAUGUUACGUUCUAGAAGGUAGAGGGGACGUUUGCGCCGCGCUUGGUCAUCUGAUCUUAGCUUCCCUCCCCGACAAUAACAACUAAAGUCGACUUUCUUUUUCAACACUAGAUUUAUUCACAGAGAGCCCACGGCUCAAGAUUUUCUUUAUUUGCUCAUCUAGAUUCAGUCCAUUCAUAGAGUAUAGGGGUUUUUAUUAAUAGAUAUUUAUAUUUUGAAUUUGCAAC